CCUUACUUUGAGGCGCUUCACGACCAACAAGUCCUAGACCAAGAAAUCGCCAGCAUUAUUACCAAGCAUGGACUGAAGCAAUCGACGGCUCAGAAGAUGGACCAAGACGAAACGCCUACCGAAAACGUAGAAAGCGCGGUCUUCGUCAAGGUCCUGAAAGAGGUCGGCAAUCUAACAUUAACUCAUAACGGAGCCCUUUCCCACAAAUCGACCAAUGACGCGUGCCUUGAUUUGUACGCCCAACUGGGUGCCGGCGAUACCGAUGUGUCAAGACGGUUGAACCUAUUGAAAGCAUCGUAUAAACAAGACCCCUUGACGACUAUGAAGAUUAUUAUCAACGCACGAUCCAUUCACAAGGGUAAAGGCAUCAAGUAUGCCUUUUACCUGGCUUACCGUUGGCUUUUACAACACCAUCCUCAAACGGCGCUUCGUAAUCUGUCAGUGUUGACCGACGGUACCAUCGUAGAACCUCAUCAGUCGAAGAAAAAGAAGCAAACCGAAGAUGAUUGGCAAUUUGUUUCAGAUGACGCCGAGAUCCCUUCCAAGGAUUUCCUUGUAAAGUCUCACGGUUACUGGAAAGAUUUGGCCAACCUGGUCCUCAUUUACAGCAGCGAAAGCCAACCUACGCAGGCCGAGGCGUACCGUUUGAACCAGAAACCCAAACGUCGCAAGCUGAGCGCCAAAGAAAAGAAGGAAGAUCCCAUCAUCGAGGCACGAAAAGAAUACCGAGCCAAGCGCCAAGCCCAUCGAAAGCUGUGCAAGACGCUUUCUGAAGAAGAACGCAUCCGUGUUCAAGCCGAAUGGAACGAACUCGUCAAGCAACGUGACAUCGAGCUCCGUCGACGUGCCAAAGCCGCUACCAAGAAGAAGCACCAGGUUCGCAAGUGCCAUACCAUACAUCUGCUAGAAACCGAUCGCAUCUAUCGCGCCCUUCACCUGACCGUCGCCCGCAUUUUUGCCGCCGCCUUGCAACGUGAUCUGGAGCAGCUAAAGAAGAAUCAGCAAAGGCAAGGGGCCUCCAAGAACCGUUACGCUUUGAUGGAAGGUCUCAGUUUGGCCGCCAAAUGGGCUCCCUCGCCCCGUGGUUCGCACGACAAGUAUACCCUGCUCAGCACAUCCAUUGCCGAAUGUCUAUUCCCUCCCAAAACUCACUCGCCCGAUGCUUUUCUUGGUUACAUGCGCGCCGUCGCCGAAGGAUCCCGAUCGGUUGCCGCUUCCACCCUGAUGCCCCACGAGCUGGUGAAAAAGGUGAUCACUCCCGAUGCUCCUCCCUUUCGAAUGGACGACACAUCCAGGGAAUUAUACAUGAAGAUGCAAACCGAUCUCAUCAACGCUCAAUGGGUUUCUCUUCGCCAAAGCAUUGAAGAAUCCAUGUCGUCUAACAAUGUCAAAGCAACGAUGGGUUCCUCUCUUGCCAUUUGUGAUGUGUCUGGUUCCAUGUUCUCCUGCGAAUCUGACGUGGUGCCUCUGCAUGCCGCCAUUGGUUUAUCGCUGCUGAUGACCUCUCUGUCUCCUCCUCCCUUUAAUGGUGCACUCGUUACGUUUUCAAAACGUCCCAUUGUCUUCAACGUCGACCCUUCAAGCACUUUUACCGAGCAAGUGCAAGACGUACUGAAGAAGCCUGCUGGAUUAACCACUAACCUCGAAGCCGUGUUCCUCGAUCUGUUACUUCCCCUCGCGCAACAACACAACCUGACGCAAGAGCAGAUGAUCCAGCGGUUGUUUGUUUUUUCAGAUAUGCACUUCAAUGCCGGUCAGUAUGGUAAGAAAUUCGAGACGCUUUACGACAUGCUGGAACGAAAGUACGCCGAAGCAGGAUAUCAGCUUCCCGAAAUCGUGUGGUGGGAUCUCAGUGGCAACGGCGUAACUCAUUCCGAUAUGGACAAGCCUUUGCCCGUCACCAAGGUUACCAAAGGUUGCUCCAUGAUGUGUGGUUACUCGUCCGCUUCGCUAAAGUUGUUUUUAUCUGGCGAUUUCUCCGAGGAUAACAAGUCGGAACAAGAACAAGCCGCUGAUGAUGCUAUGGAAACGGAUGGUUCAGAACAAGUCAAUACAACCGCAAAUAAACAAGAACAGAAGAAGGACAAGAAAGACAAGAGAAAGACGCCUUUGCAAUCGAUGAAGGAAGACUUGGGACAUGAAAGUUAUAAUAGUAUUGUAGUGGUUGAUUAAAGGAAGGGUUUGGUCAGUAGUAUUUAUGGACGUUGUAUAUACACAUCUGUAGCGUGCGGAUAAUUGCAAUCAUAAAAAAAAUUCAGUGUUGAUAAACAAUAAAAAAAAAGGUCAUCUUGCAAUAAAAACGACUAUGCAUUCAAGUUAAACAUUUGCUGUAAAAACUGGUCUGUCUGCA